AUGUCGAGCGAUACUGUUAUGGAAGCUGCAAAAAAAAGACAUUCCUUGUCUGCAUUUGAAGAACGUAAUUCAAUUCAAGCCUUAAUCGAUAAACUUCCUUUCACGGAUCCGAUAAAUGCUGAAGAGUAUUUACGUCUUGAAGAAGAAGCAGUCUUAAGUAAUAGCAUUACGGAUGAAGAUAUUGUCCGAAUAAUUUUAGGAAAUAGACAGGAUCGGAUAAAAGAAGAGGAAAAGGAGGCGAAGAAACGAGUAUCUAUCGAGAAAGCCUGCAGAGGUGCUGAG